UCUUCCUUUCUCGUCUGAGUUGGCAGGCCACGGGGCGAGCGCAAGGACGAUAAAGUUACAGUCCACCGUAUUUGAAUUGUGAUCAUGGCCCCCAGCACGCAGCUAAACGAAGCUGUGUCCGAUGUACGGAAGGGUAUCCGUGCAAUUCUGCUUGGGCCGCCGGGCGCUGGCAAAGGCACACAGGCUCCUCGCUUGGCGGAGAAGUACUGCGUGUGUCACUUGGCCACAGGGGAUAUGCUGCGUGCCAUGGUGGCGUCCGGUUCCGAGCUCGGACAGCGCCUGAAGCAGACCAUGGACUCUGGGAAGCUGGUCAGUGACGAGAUGGUGGUGGAACUCAUUGAGAAGAACCUAGAUACGCCCCCCUGUAAGAAUGGCUUUCUGUUGGACGGCUUCCCUCGCACUGUCAAGCAGGCCGAGAUGCUGGAUAGCUUGUUGGACAAACGCACAGAGAAACUGGAUUCAGUCAUUGAGUUCUCUGUGGAUGACUCGCUGCUGGUUCGCCGCGUCUGUGGCAGGCUGAUCCAUCAGCCCAGUGGCCGCUCCUACCACGAGGAGUUCAACCCACCCAAAGAGCCCAUGAAGGAUGAUGUGACGGGCGAGCCCCUGUCCCGCCGCAGUGACGACAACGCGACGACGCUGCAAUCCCGACUGGAGUCGUACCACCGCCAGACGUCGCCACUGGUCCAGUACUACAGCGCCCGUGGCCUCCACCGAGCCGUCGACGCCGCGCAGUCCCCGGACCUCGUCUUCGCCUCCAUACUCGCCGCCUUCUCAGCUGCCUCAUGUAAAGACCGCGUGAUCUUCAUCUAACGCCGUCCGUCCGUCCGUCCGUCUGUCCGUCCGUCCUGUCUGUCCGUCGCAUGUCUGUCCACCUUGUUCCCUCCAUCUGAUGAGCAUGCCCAGCUGUUUCUCUGUCAGGUUCAUUAGUCUCAGUGCUGACAGUGUGUCUGUCCCGUGUGUGUUUGUCUGUACUACCUGAUACCCUCCCUCCUACCCUGCACACAUCCUCCUCUUUUGGUGGUCAGUCUCUGUGUUCGUGUUUGGGAUUUGUCUGUCUUCGAAUAUAAUCUUUAGCUCUUACUCACUGACAGUUUGACUGAAUGUGUCUAAUCCUUAAUGCGGUCAGUUUGACCAACAGUAGACUUGAAUAUUAAUGUGCAUCAGUUGCAGGUUUAUUUAAUGUUAUAUUUUUAUAAUUUUUAAUUAUAAGUUUGCGUUUACAUGGGUCAGUUAUACAGAUGUGUAUUUCCAUGUUCAGAUGUAGGGGUAGAUAUAAGCCAUUUUCAGGCUGUCAGGCCAUACCUAAGCCAUACCCAUCAGAUUUUACAUCUCUUGUGCUUGUGGUUUUAUUUUCAUCAAGUUAUGUUUUUUAAGUUGUGUUAAUAUUAUGAAUGUAAACACAUGUGGUCUAAAAUGCCAGUAUACUGACCCUCAGUGAUGAAGCAGUGUUAGAUGUACUUAUUAGAUGUGCUGACCCACAGUGAUAAAGCAGUGUUAGAUGUGCUUAUUUGGGCAUUGAGCUUAGUGCUCCGCUUAUGUUUGUUCUGUUCAGGCUGGUGUAUUCUAAAUGCUAAAUACAGGGGUUGUCUCUGAA